CCCCUAAAUUCGUGGCUAGACCAUUUUGUGCCUCGCUCGCGGCUUUGGAGCCUUGACAUUUUACGGUGCGUACGUGAAACGCUACGUAUAAACGUAAACUGUCAAAAACGGCCUGAUUUAGAUGUGUUUUCCUCGCCUCCUUCUUCAUUUGAAAUCCGACACCCUUGAUGUUUCAGCGCCGCGGUCCUCCUGUAGGCUGUGCGGAUUGAUAUUCCAUUGGAACCCGACAAUGUGGAGGCUGUGAAAAAUGUCUACUUGGGAAAAGAAAUGAUUGCAGUUUCGGCUAAGUGGAAGGAAACUGAGUAACGCAAGCGUUAUGGUCCGCGUUGCAGACCCGAGCUCGGCUUCGUAGCGAAGACAAGCAACAGAGGAGCGGUUUAUAUCGUCUUUCCUGCGCUUCUUUCGAGCCCACAGUCCGGGGGGACCACGGGAGACGGCUUCUAUCCCUAACUUUGUUUCUCCUCUCGUCCGAUACGUAUCACUCCCCGCGGCUGGAUGCCACACUGCUGACUCCAGCCUGUUGCUGAGACCGAAAAGGCCCAGUGGACAGCACCAGAGGAUGGCCGCAGUGGAAAACGACAAGGAGCUGAGCGACCUGCUGGAUUUUAGCGCGAUGUUUGAACCUCCAGUUUCGAAUGGAAAGAACGGGCCGACCACGCUCGCCAGCAGUCAGUUUGGAGGUCCUGGUAUAGAUGAGAGGAGAGGGUCCAGUCCAUGGGGACCAGGGGAACAGACCAGUCCAUCUCUCAACCAGGGAAGGGUUUAUGAAGAGGGCCUUUACAGUGAGAGAGAAAGCCUGGCCUCUACCCCGGUAUUUGGACCAGGGAUUGCUGGGAAGGCUGAACGAGGCUCAUACUCAUCAUUUGGGACGCAGGCUGGUUUCAUGCCAAGUGAGAUACCCCUGCCCAGUCCUGAUAGCCUCUCCCCUCCCACCGCCAAGUCCACUUCCCAGUUUUAUUCAUCCUAUGAGAGGAGGAGACCCUCACAGGACCUCGCUGCAGAACCGCAGGCAAAAAAGAUCCGUAAGGUGCCUCCUGGCCUUCCCUCUUCAGUUUAUCCAACAGCCUCGGGUGAGGAUUUUACUAGGGACGCCGCUUGCUUCCCAGCCUCCAAAGCAGGAAAUGUCUACUCAUCAUCGUCCUACGUGCAAGAAGGCCUCCAGCCGCCCUCUGAUCCUUGGGGCUCUGCUGUGUCGAUUAUUCAGCCUGGUUAUUCUGCGGUGUUGGGGAACUCCCCCCAUCUGGGCCAGCACUCUCCAUUCACCGGCAUCAACCCUCAAGACAGAAUGAAACGCCACCCCCUUCCCCUCUCCCCCCAAAACUACCCCCUGCACGGCAGUGAGGUGAACGGCGCUCAUCCCACCAGCUUCCACGCAGGCUCCAGCAGCUUUGGCGUCCCCAGCCACACCCCCCCUAUCGCUGGCACUGAAACUAUUAUGGCAAAUCGGGGUGCUGUACCAGGAAGCUCGGGUGAUGAGAUCGGGAAGGCCUUGGCAUCUAUUUAUCCUUCAGACCCCAACAGUAACGCUUUCCCUCCAUCACCGUCUACUCCCUCUGGUUCACCACAGGCUGUAUCAGGCUCUGCAUCACAGUGGACUCGGUCCUCAGGCCAGGCCACCCCAUCUCCGAGCUUUGAGGGUGGAGUUCAGUCCAUGCCGAGUAAAUUUGAGGACCGUCUGGAUGAAGCCAUCAACGUUCUUCAGCGACACGCCAGCGGACAGGGAGGCCCGGGGCUCGCUGAAAUGCACAGCCUGUUGUCGGCUGGCUUAGGGAUAGCGCCGGGCUUCAACGGUGCAGCCCUGGGACUGGCCAAUCGUCUGCAAGAACUGGUUUCCAGCCACCUGGAGGACUCUGUUGGUCUGCCCUCUAGUGGAGGACUUUUGCAUCACGGCCCUGGAUCUGUUCAUUCAGGCUCUCAGCUGGACGGUUUUACAGGACUGCAUGGAAGCGGGAAUCGUUCCGGCGGCGCGGCUAUCAAGCGAGAAGAGAGGGAGGACGACGAGAAUUGCUCCGUUACAGACAAGUCAGAGGAUGACAGAAAAGACCUGAAGGCUCGUCUUCGAGCAAGUAGUCUGGAUGAUGAGGAUGACGACGAAGAUCUACCAGUGGAGAUAAAGGCUGAGCGGGAGAAAGCACGGAGCCUUGUCUCUUUGACCGACGAGAACCUGACUGCGGAGGAGAAGGAGCAGAGGGAGCGCGAGCGCCGCCUGGCUAACAAUGCUAGGGAGAGGGUGCGCGUUCGCGACAUAAACGAAGCCUUCAGAGAGCUGGGCAGGAUGUGUCAGGUGCACCUGCAGAGCGACAAGGCCCAGACCAAGCUGGUCAUCCUGCAGCAGGCUGUGCAGGUCAUCCUGAGCCUGGAGAAGCAGGUGCGAGAGCGUAAUUUAAACCCCAAAGCCGCCUGCCUCAAGAGGAGAGAGGAGGAGAAAGUCUCUGGGCGGGACCACCCCAUGCAGCUGGGUGGGGGUCACCCCGCUCUAGGAGGCGAUGGGCACAACCCUGUGAGCCAUAUGUAAUUCUCAGUUCAUGUUGAUUGUCCAGCCCUACGAACACGUGGCCUUAUCGAUCAUCGUCGUGCAUCUCAGUGUGUGAAAAUCACGCAAACACGUCAUCAGUGACGAAAUGGGCGGCCACAUUCCUGACGACGAGAACAAUUACAAGAAGCACACAGGAUGCAGUAAAAAAAAAACUGACUUAAUUGACCUUUACAUGACAGUACUUGGAACUGAACGCACUGCUUUUGGAGACAGUGGAUAAUGGACAAAAAAUGCUCUUAUAAUGGUGUUCUUGUUGGACAUUGUAAAAAAACAAAAAUGCUUCACACGUUGGGAACAAAACCUGUUUGGAUCAAAUUUCACGUUUGGAUCAGUUGCUCUUCUGGGUGAAGUUGAGAUUUUUGUUGUUGUAGUUGCAGUGCUUUGCAAAAGUAUUCAUCCCCAUUUUUUCACGUUUAGUUGCCUCCCAACAUGAGUUUAACAUGGAUCGUUUGCCACCAUUUCAUUUACAGAACAUGCUUAUUGGGAAGCAAUCAUAGGACAAAAUAAUAGAAUGUAUUAUUAAAAAAGACACUGAAAUUACAGGUUGGAAUAAAACUAAAUGGGUAAAAAAGCCAAAUGGGAGUGAAUACUUUUGCAAGGCCUCUCUGUAUUGCCAUUCCCAUCAGAAAAAAAGAGGUCUUACAUUCUUUGCAGGCUGAGAAUGAUGAUUUUAUAAUUGAACAAAAACCUGUUUAAUCCUGCCUUGAUCACGCCUCACGUGUAGAGUUCGGUUUGAUAAGCCACUAUCCUCAUGAUGGCUGGACUACAGGAAAAAAAUAGAGAUAUUGUGCCAUGCAAAAGUAUUCACACCCCUUGAUCUUUGUCACAUUUUGUCACAUUGCAGCCACGUUGUGUAUUCUGUGGAGAUCUUAUGUGACGCACUGAAACCAAGAGGUGUUUAAUUGUGAGGCUGAAGGAUGAUAUUAAUUAUUAAUUUUUGCAAUUUUUUUCUUUGCAAAUCAGCUCAAUUAUGCACUAAUUUCCAUCGCUGUAGCAUAAAAUCCAAAUACAGUACAUUGAAGUCUGUGGUUGUGAAGUGACAAAAUUGAUAGGGAAACAAGUUCAAGGGAUGUAAAUCUAUUUGUAAGGCACUGUGGGGGGGGGGGGGAGUACUUAAUUUUAUGUUGCUAUUUUGGGCUUUUUCUUAACUUUAUUUAAGUGACUGAGAAGGUCACUGGCUGCCCACUCGGGGCCUGAGUUAAUGUCAUUUACUUGCAUCAGAACCGUGAACCCCGGGGGCCAGAAUCUCUCCCAAGUCGUGUAUCCGUCGUCACUGCCAUGCAAGUGGAAAGGAAACGCUUCUAGAGAGAGGCCCUCCAUGGAAGCAAACACCCGACUCUGAGCGAAAGUAAAACACAAAUGGUGGUGGAUUUAGGUUUGAUAAGCCUAACAACAGCUCCACCGGACCCGCGUCGGGCAGCUUUCAGGACCCGAGCUUCCUUCGCCACGGCAAAGCCCCGUCCCGCACACGCCCUAAGCUACAUGAGCUCUCUGUUACAACAUUGAAGUCUUGGAGCCGCUGUGAUGUGUUUUGUUGAAAGGGAUCAUGCGUGUUACCGCUACCUUGAAGACGAUCGCCUCUUUUUUUUGGCGAUCGCCUGACUUGUUUUGGUUGCUUCGGGUUGAGCGUUAGGUGUUCCCAACCCCAUUAUUGAACAAUUGUGAGGCCUGUUCUAAGGAUCUUCCUGUUGUAGAAUACAUAUUAUAUCUCCGUUUUUGCUUUGUUUUUGUUUGUUUUGUUUUUUUUACGUUGUAACAUAGUUGUUUUGUCUGUGUCGUUCGGAAUGCUUUUGUCCUCCUUUUGUUUACCUUGUUUUAAGGUAAGACGACUAAGUUUAGAUUCCACAAAGUGAGGCGUUUGCUUUGGUGCCAGGUGUUUGGAAAUGUUAGCAAUGACAGAUUAUUCCGCUGUAACAUCACAUGUUGUGAUAUUGGUCUAUUUUUUUUUUUUUUUUUUUUUAAGAUACACCUGUUUGAACACACCAAAUCUCAUUGGCCUGGUGUAAUUUGGAGGGAAAAAAAUCAUUUUUGUAUUGAUUACGAAACAAAUAAUUUCUUUCUUUUGCACACAUCCCUCCCCUGAACAUCCAGCUUUACGAUGAGCUUGUUGAUUAAUUCAAUGAAGGGGCAGGGCGGCCUGCAACAAACUGUUUCACGAUAAUAAACCAUUAAAUAGAUUUUAAGAAGGUGGCCUUAGUCGUUUUGCUGACUUUGGGAGCUUCGACGGUGGUUACUCACCAGUGCCUCGAUGUGUUCCUGUGGAGGAUGUUACUUUCAAGGUUUUCUAACACGUAUCUUACUGCAUUAGAGAUAUAUUAAACGUAAACUUCAGUAACAUUUGUCACAUGAAGAAUUCCACUCGACUCCGGUGAGACGUUACCUGGCUAGUUACGUGAUCUGCAUCUUUUGAUGCUGAAAAUAUUCUGAAAUCUCGCCUCUUUCCCGUUCUUCUGUUGGGAUUUUUUUUUUGCCUUAGAACUGGCAUGUGCGUUGACACGUUUGUACAGCUGUAAGAUACGCCCGUGUCAGCUUUACCACUGGGAGCUGACUCUGAUAGGGAACAGUAUUUGCCAUACCGCCAGACAUCCUGCCCUGAGGACAAGCCUCGUUUGUUCAAACAUUUCCGUGGGGGACAGACUUUGUAUAAUUUGGAAAAAAAAACUUUUUUUAAAGAUUUCCUUUUGUCAGUGAACACUUUCUGCAGUAACCUUCUCUCAAAAUGUACAAUUGGUAUGUUUAACAGACCCUGUCUGUGCUCAGUGAAUGAUAUCCUGCUACAGAUUUCUGUCUUCUCAUGUUUUGGGGACAUUAUCUACGUAGGCUAUGUCCUCAAAGUGCCUCCAGUUUCAUAUUUUUUUAUAUAUAAAGUAGAUACUGAGAACUGUUGUGUACAUAACAGUGAUGUAGCAAUAAAUGUGCCAUUUUUAAUAA